AGGGCUUAAAAUCUGAGUAAAGGAUGGAGAAUAUAGGAAGAAAAUAAAGAGUAAACAUUGAGGGUUGGACUGAAGAACAUCUUGAAAAUUUUGAAUGUGAGUCAUCAGCAGAGUUGAAGUUCUGGAGAUAAAGACUGGAAUAUUUUGUUGAGCUUGGAGAUGUUGCAGCCAUUUAUGAAGUUUGAAGAAUUGUCACUAGAUUAAUGUGUAUGAUAGUUAUGAGCUUAGAGAACUGUUUGAUUGGGCAAUUCCUUUUCAGUGAUAUUGUCCUAGAAAAGGGUUGGAGGACGAAUCGCUGCUCUAAUCAUACAUAAGGCAAGGAAAUGCCCCCAUCCGAAAAGAAAGGGAUUCGAAAUGCUGAAGCUCACACAUCUCUAGGCCAUCAGGGCCCUUCCUUUGAAGCAACUCAGAAAGAAAGACUGAGACCAAAAUCCUUGGAGGAGGACCUUCCAGCAGCAGGAGCAUUGACAGGAGGAUCGAUCUAGCACAACUGUCAGUAACUUUGCCAGGGGUUGGGGGAGAGAUAGAAAGCGAAAGUGACCUCUUUUUGGUAAGAGCUCUGAAGAGUGGGUGGAGGCUGUUCCCUCCCAAAUACCUGACAAAGAAAAGACCUGGAAAGUGAAAGACAAAAGUCUAGAAAAAGAAUGUGACAGCCAUGCUAUGCAGCGGGAUGAGUGGAUGACUGUUGAUUUUAUGUCUGUUAAAACUGUCUCUUCAUCAUCACUCAAAGCCGAAAAGGAAACUCUAAGGAAAAUAGAGCAGGAGAAAGCCCAAGCACUAGAGCAGUCCAAACUGCUAGAAAGAGAAUUGAAUCCAUACUGGAAGGAUGGUGGGACAGGUAUCCCAUCAGAAAAUUGUAUACUGGCGGUUACUAAAGCUUCAGGAGUAGAGGAUGGUGGAUUAAGCUGGCUAAGAAAGUCUUAUCAAAGAAUGAAAGAACAAGCUCAAAGAGAAAACAGAAAUUUUGUGGAUAUUGUAGCUGAAAAAUAUGGGUCAAUGGAAAUAUUUCAGUCAAAAUUAAAAGAAGCUGAAAAAAUUGCAUGCAAAAGAGAAGAUUAUGAACGGGAACGGUGGAGGAAGCCUGCAUAUUCAGAUAGUACGCAGUGUAGUCAAGCAAGUAGCAUUUCAGACUUAGUGAAAUGUAAGAAGGACUCAAAGGACAGACAUUUUGCUACAGAGGUUGCAAAGAGGAGCAUUGACGACUGUGAGUUUAGUGACCCUGACACAAGGAACCGAUCUGGAUCUUUAGAAACUUGUAUAAGAGUAUCCGCCUUAAGACAAAGGCAAGAAUCUUCUGGAAAUUUGAGACCUAAAUUCUUAAGACCCUCUGAUGAGGAUGAACUGUCACUUCACAACAAAAGGAGAAAUUUUGAACCGUCUACUUCGUCUUCUACAUUAGUGACUCAGGCUUCUUUGCAUUGUGAUUUUCAAAAAUCCACAAAGAGCAGUGAAGAAAAUUUGACUUCCUGGAGCCUGUGUGGUAGGCAAGGAGGAGACCGAAAGCAUUCAGAUCAAAAGCCAUUGGAAACCUGGAGCAGCAGUGCUGAUCAGUGCUCUCCAGGACACAGGAGAGAACAGUUGCAGGCUGAGAGCUUGAGGGGUGACCCACCAAGAAGAGGACAUCUGCAGAACAUAAAGGCAGCAUUUUCUGGUCCAGAUGCAGAGUCCACCUGUAUCUUGAACGUUGAUGAAAAGAACAAGUUGGGGGCCAAGAUUAUCAAGGCAGAGAUGAUGGGAAAUAUGGAAUUAGCUGAACAACUUAAAGCCCAACUUAAAGAGGCAAAUAAAUUCAAAGAAACCAUAGCACAGAUAUCAACACAAAGAUCCAGAAUAAAGCGUGAAGAUGAAGAAGUGAUCCUUACUAGAAGAGAUGAGUCUGGAAGAGUGUGGCCUGUGAACACUCCUGGAGGGACCCUGGAUAUGACAGCGAAAAGAAGAAAGAGACAAGGAGUUUCAACCCAUGAGGAUAAAGAAAGGAUCCGAUACUUUCCUGAUGAUGAUCAUCUGAGUCUCAAAGAUUUAGUCAGAAAUGAGAAGAUGGGAACAGAUAUUGAUCAAAACAGACUCUUCAUGAGAAUGACAUCUAAGUUCAUGGGAAAACCAGAUGGAGACUAUUAUACUCUGGAUGACAUGUUUGUCUCCAAAGCAGCUGAGAAAGAGCAUCUUGGAGAAAGGGAAGAGAGCCAGAGGAGGAAAGCGAUUGCCGAACACCAGAGUCUUACUGCACAGAUGGCCAAAUGUCUGUACUGUUUUGAUAGUUCUCAGUUUCCCAAGCAUCUUAUUGUUGCCAUUGGUGUCAAGGUUUAUUUAUGUUUACCCAAUUUCCGGUCUCUUACUGAGGGCCACUGCCUCAUAGUCCCUCUACAGCAUCUUCAAGCAGCUACAAUGUUGGAUGAAGAUAUCUGGGAGGAGAUUCAGAUAUUUAGGAAAUCAUUGGUAAAGAUGUUUGAAGAAAAAGGAUUGGAUUGUAUCUUUUUAGAGACUAACAUGGGUAUGAAAAAGCAGUAUCAUAUGGUUUAUGAGUGUAUUCCUCUCCCAAGGGAAAUGGGUGAUAUGGCUCCCAUCUAUUUUAAGAAAGCCAUAAUGGAAUCUGAUGAAGAAUGGUCCAUGAAUAAGAAGUUGAUUGACUUAUCUUCCAAAGAUAUUAGAAAAUCUGUGCCUAGAAGCUUGCCUUAUUUUGCCGUAGAAUUUGGCCUUCAGGGGGGAUUUGCCCACGUCAUUGAAGAUCAACACAAAUUUCCUCGUUACUUUGGAAAGGAAAUCAUUGGUGGUAUGCUGGAUCUAGAGCCCAGGCUAUGGAAGAAGGGCAUCAGAGAAAGCUUUGAGGACCAGAGGAAGAAAACAUUGCAGUUUGCUCAGUGGUGGAAACCAUUUGAUGUCACCAAAAGUAAAAGCUGAUAAGUGUACCCUGCAUGUGUCGUUUCCUCUGCUGAGCCCAUUCAGUUUAUGUAUAUUUACAAGCAACUUUGCCUUGGUCUCUAGGGAAAGCAGCAGCAGCUGGCUACUCUAGUCACUGACAUCCAUGCUAGGUCAAACUGUUUUCUUCCUCAUGGGAACUUGAUUUGAGUGAUAGUGGAAUAAGAGCAGAUGUAUCAGAAUUAUUGGUUCAUGUUCUUUCUGUACCUAACUUCUAGCUGUUUCAGUUGUUUGCUUAGCCUAGAGAAGGACUUGUUUCCAGAGGUUUAACAAGACUUCAGUGGAAUGUGGGUCUGCUUCCAGGUAGAGUCUGGUAGCUUCUUUUAUGCUUUUAAAGAAAACUAGAUGUACUCAGAACUAACAGGGCUAUUUUCAUAGUUUUAUUAAAGGGUUCUUUUUCCUUUUUUUAAUAGUAGGGUAUAGUAUCUUUGUUAAGGAAAAUGAUUAAAGAAUUAAAUGAUAAUGAAAUAUACAUAAAUGAAUAUGUGUUUUUAUUUCUGGACCUUAAAAUAAUUUGAAUUUUGGUAAUCCAAAAAUAAUUGUCUGAAACAGCACAAUUCUUAGUUGUUUGGGGUUUGUAUAAAGUUAAAUUCUGUAGCCAAAUCACUGUAUUGGGUUUUUAAUAUUGUCACAAGUGUCAAAUAAUAUAAAUUCAGGAAAUGUUCCUAAUAAAAGUGCUUAAGUUUUA